AUGAGGGUCUUUUGUCUUUUCAGCGCACUCUCGGUGAUGCUGUCAUGCAGGGCGAUUGUCUCCGCAUCUAAUCCCGAUCCGAUUGGCACCAUCUACAAUGGUCAUGUGCCAACCAAUUUGCACGGGUCCAACUAUACGUACCCUUGGCCGGUGAAGCUUUUCAAAUUCUAUAACCAACACCAGCACCUGGAGAUGGCAUUUAUGGACGUUCCUGCAGAUCGCCACCAUGACAAUAACAAAACAACAGUCUUGCUCCAUGGCGGUAACUUCUGCAGCGUCACUUGGUCUGACACAGCACGCCAGUUGUCUGCAAAGGGCUAUCGAGUGAUCUUGCCCGACGAUAUUGGCUUCUGCAAGUCGAGCAAGCCCCAAGGCUAUUCUUACAACGUCCAACAGCAGGCGGAGAAUAUCAACAGCCUACUCACCGCGCUCGGCAUUGAUGAAGUCACUGUCAUUGGCCACUCCAUGGGGGGCAUGAUUGCCGCCCGCUACGGCCUUAUGUACGCAGAUACCAUCCAGCAGCUUAUACUUGUUGAUCCGUUGGGUUUGGAGGACUGGGUAGCCAAGGGUGUACCUUAUUUGGCUAUCGACGAGACUUACGAAUCCCAAGUUGUGCAGAACUUUACUACGCUCAAGGCAUAUGAGCAGGCGAGUUACUUUUAUAAUGCUACUUGGGAGCCCGCGUACAACACUUGGGUUGAUAUGCUAGCCAACAUCUAUGCGGGCGACUAUGGCCCUGACUAUGCCUAUGUGAUGGCUCUCGUCACCGAUGCCUUAUUAAGCCAGCCUAUCAUUUACCAGCUCCCUCUCCUGAAAACAAGCACCUAUCUCAUGGUAGGCGAGAAUGACGUGACAGCGCUAGGAAAGGCAUGGUCAUCCUCAGCCGUGGCUGCAACUCUGGGUCAUUAUUCCGUCCUUGGACCUGCUGCCGCAGCCCUGAUUCCCAAUUGCACAUUCCAUAUGUUCCCUGGUCUUGGCCAUGCACCCUUCCUCCAGGCUCCCCAAGAAUUUUACAAAGUACUAUUCUCUUGGUUGGAUUGA